AUGUCAAAGGAUCAUAGACCCUGUUGCGUGAAAGAGAGGAGACAAAUCGAGUCUCUGGGUGGGUUAAUUGAUGAUGGUUAUCUGAACGGCUUACUAGGGAUCACUCGUGCAUUAGGUGAUUGGCACCUUGAACGCCUAGUUUUUACCAGCCAAAAUGCCAUAGAUUUUACAAGACGGAGACUCCAGGAGCACAAUGAUGUCAAGUUAUGCUGCAAAGAAAUAGUUGAAGAAGCAACAAAAAGAGGAGCAACAGACAAUCUGACUGUAGUUGUGGUGAGUUUUCACUCGGAGCCUCCUCGGCCUUGCGCCAGACAAAGGGGAAGAGUCAGGAGGAGUAUAUCUGCUGAGGGGCUUCAGAGUCUCAAAUGCCUCUUAGAAGGAUAG